AUGGAUGCCGCUGUUGCGUACAUGUCCAACAUCAUGGCGACAUUAAUCCAAGUACCAAUGGACUAUGUGAAAAUAGCAUUGCAGUUUGGAAUAGCAAUUCCAUCUCCAAAGGAAAGGGAGAGCUGUGAGCAAGGAAAUCUCCAGCAACUCAUAAUGUGGGGACUGAACCACAACGUUAGCUGGUCCUUCACCAACUCGUUUAUCGACAUCCUUCUGGAGACCCUCCUGCCUCUAGAACACUCUACGUGCACAUAUCCAGGUUCAGAAUGCCCGAAUCCUGCCUCCCGCGAAUCCAGUCUCCCAGAGGCAGUCACUGACAAGAGCCGCAACAUACUGCUCCGAUGCGAUCGCCAAAAUCUGUCCGACAUCAAUGAUACACUUUGUGGUGAAAUUCUCCGUGGAUCGAGAGCACAAACGCCCACAUCGGUGCUCGCCUUGUGUCAGGCGCUCAACUCGCUCAGUGCCGGGCAGGUCGAACUGGUAUGGAGCAAUACGUGCUAUGUUAUUCAGGCGCUGGUGUCACCGCUCCUUGGCAGGUCAUCAGAGUGCGAUGUUGGAGACACGUCGAACUUUCCCGUGAAUAGCCCACACGCCUCCCUCGCGCCCCCCCGAAAAGCCAGAGAAGCCCCCAACCUCCAGCAGCUUGUCUGUAACUACAGCAGCUGGUUAGAAAACCAGGUGGUGGAUACCGCCCUGGUCUCACUGUGCAGCGACAACGAACGGCAGGAGUUUGUGAAGCAUGUGUGCAAUAAUACUUUACUGAUGAAGAAGUUGCUGUCAGACCGGAUGAACAGUUGGUUGUAUGGCUUCUGUGCAAAUUCCACAGUGGACCGCGGCUACCUGGUGGAUCAGUUCUGCGUCUACCACCAGUGGAUUGAUCAACCUACAGUUCUGGUAGAGCCACACCUGCUGGAGUUCUGCAUUAGCCUGGACAGUUCAAGACUUACAAAACUCAUCUGCGAGCAUACUGACUUCUUCACGUUAUUAUCCUCCAACCCAGAAAAUGUGAGGUUCAUGCCAAACUGCACAAUUUUGCCAUUUCCAUCACCAUUUCCGAGCUCGGAUCCACUCUUGUCACCAUCCUGUCACUACUCCGAGUGGGAAGAUGUGAUGCAAUUGACGUCAGAUGUCUUAUCACAGUGCAUACGCAAUGAUCCCGCAGAUUUCGCUGAGAAGGUUUGCGCUAACGGAACCUUUCUAAAUAGCUUAUUACGUAAUCAGGACAAUGCCUGGCUCGAGGAUCAUUGCAGCGCCGCUUUGAUUUUUCCGCCCACUGCGGCUCCGCAACCUUUUCGAAUUUUAGACUGGUGCGACUACCACUCGUGGAAGAAUCGGCAGGUGGACGAUUCAGUGGUCGGACUGUGUUGGCAGCAUGACCAGCUUGCUUUUCAGAAGAAUGUCUGCUGUGAGGCGACUUUGUUUGAAAAGCUCUUAGAGAACCCCCAGAACAAAUGGCUGAAAACAGUGUGCGCAGACAAGGAAACUGAGGAAAUCGAGGAUAUACCUCAGGUGUGCAUGUAUUACGAAUGGACCCGCCCCAUCUUUGUUGACAUGACUGAAUUGGCUCUCUGUGCUGAUAGGGACCCCAAAAAUUUCACCUCCAAAGUCUGCGCCAAUGAGACAGUCCUGCAGAACCUGAUGGCGAACCAAAACAACACCUGGUUGAUAAAGUAUUGUGCCAACCAUUCAAAUCUGGGUGUAGAUGGAGGGGAAGACGAUGAUGGCUCAGGAUUCGACCCUGACGAGCAGUGCCAGUAUUCCACCUGGAAUAUAUCCCUUCCGGAUGCAGCGCUCUUGAUUCUCUGCUGGGAGCAUGAUCAGUUCAACUUUGUGUCAUUUAUUUGCGCCAGUCCUGCCCUUCUCGACUCUCUGGCACAUGAGCCCGCUCGCCUCUGGGUGAGCACCAUAUGUGCCACCGACAGCAACGCCACUCGUAACACAACCUCGGAGGACUUUUGCUUGGCCAAACAAUUAGUGAUGCACUUCAACUGGACCUGUCCUGUUGACUUCAGCGCAGCCUGCAGGCCUGGGGCAAGCCAGAACAUGCUCGUGCGAUUGAUUAUACGCUGCUGGGCAGACGGUCUGAGGUCCCGGGUGGCUCAUCUGGUGACGCCAUCCGUAGCUGCGGUGUUGAACCAAGCAGUCAGCGCUUCUGUUGUCAUCUUGCUAGCAAUAGAGGAGGUCCAGAACAUUUCACUGCAUGUCACCAAGAGCAUACGCAAUAGCGUCCUCGACGCUGUCGUUCGUUAUCUCGAAGGGGAGAACAACUUUGACAAAAGGAGGGUCUUGCUGCAGUGUUUUGGGACAGUCCUGACCAGCUUGAUGCAGACAGCCCAGGAUGGAACCAGUAAUGACAAUCUCAUCGUUAAGGAAUACUUCAGCAUACCAUCGGCCAGCUUGAAGUCAGUGCUUAGUGCUGCACACGUCACAACUCUCAGGCUGAUCCUCCAAUACUACACAAGAAAUAACGACACACUGAAGCUGACAGAGAACUACCUGUCCACCCUGACAUCCGUGCUGUUCAGCAGCCAUCUGGCAAAGGAUGGAAGUCUGUUUUCCGAGUUGGCUCCCCUUUUCAAAGCGGCCAGUCCGACUGACAUCCACACUUUGCCUUCUCUGCAAAACAACCUUGAUGUGAGGGAAACCAUUAACAACAACUUGGGCCAUUUGUCUGCAGAUCAGCAGCGAGCCUUUGGAUUGUGGUACAGUAAAAUUUUGCCCCCCUCCAAUAUCACUGAAGCUCACCAGUCACUCAUCAGGGACACUGGAAACGUGAUAACUUACCUGCCCUUCCACAACUUCCAACACCUCUCACCUGCUCAGCUAUUAGAUGGGCUGGAUGUAUUGCAAAGGAACAGGCUGACUUCCUUGAAGCAGGAGUUUGUGGCACGGCGCAUCAUCGGCACCUACAGAAACUUGACUGCUGAUGACUUCAUCAGGCUGGGCAGUCUCUCCUGUCAGGCAGAGCCAAGUGACCUCCUGGCAUACAAAGGCAGUGAGGCCUUCAGUGUAAUCUGGGAUGUCAUCUUGAACUGCACUCACGACGGACUCACCCUACCAAGUCACUUGACCUCCAGUCUGUUCCUGAACAGCACUGAGUUAAAAAUCCCAUCUUCACUCAGUCCAGAGAGACUGGCAGACAUUGCACACCUUCUGCCCUCCCUGGGUGCGACUUUCUUGCUGGGCCUCUCUCCCUCGCAGCUACUUGCAGCACUUCCUGCCCUCAGAGCUGUGUUGUUCAGUCCUGCACAGGCCUCCAUCAUUGUUGAUAAGCUCUCAUCUGUCAAUGCACUUAACGCUCCAGGUCGCCUCCAGGAGCUGGGCUCUAUCACUGUAGGAGUAAAGACAGAAACAUUAUUGAUGCUGACAUCUGACAGGCUGCUGUCAUCGCUACCUGGCCUGGCGCAACACUCAGCGGGCCUCCGUCCAACACAAGCAAAUGCCGUCGCCACAAAACUAUGGGGCUUUCCAGAGGUGAUUUUCUGGUUGGACGAUGUCGAGCCACUACUUUGUUGCACUCCCCUUCUUAGCGUACUGCCCAGAGCUCGUCUACUAAUGGACAACAGCUCCAGUGUAUCCUCUAAAGCGUGGAACACGCAGCAGGCUAUAGCAAUACUAAAAACGGAGCAGAAUACAAGAUCAAGCCUGAUCAAAGACUUCCUGAGUCUUGGGAUGCUGGUACAGGGCAUGAGCUGCCAAGCCUUACAGAAGCAUUUCAGGGCUGAUACCUCACCUGCAGCGCUUAGGAAAAUCUUGGCCCUCAUCAGGGAGCAGCCCGGUCCUUUGCACACCUCACUGAAAAAAUGCGUGAUCGAGGAGCUCUAUCAAUUUGAGUUCUUCUCUGAACUGGUUGAAGACUUAGGAGUGGAGCUCGCCCUGUCUAUGCCGGUGAGCACCAUUAAAAAGUUUCCUUCAGAUGUGAUGGACACUUUGCGGAAAAUGAUUAUUCAGGACCCCGUUCCAUUUUUCAUGAUGUCAAAAACAGAACAGCUGCUUCUUGUGGACAAGAUGGUGCAAAGGCUGGGCAUGUACACUGGUGUGUACACCGAGGAGGUGUUCCGCUCUCUGGACAUCAUGGCCACAUUUGUUUCAGAUGAGAUUCUGAUCCAACUGGAUCGCGCAUUCUUUUUGAACAAUCUGGAUUUUCUCCAAACCUUGUGCUACAGUAGCAGCAAGAUGGACAUUGUGGCUCGUAUGCUGCUGGAAGUUGCUGCAUUCGGCCCUGAGGUGGAGAACUGGAACCAGACGACACUCAGUCAGAUUGAUCGGUUUCUAUUUUUCCUUCCUCAGGACCAACUGCAGGAGAUUUCCUUGGGUUUGAUGACUGUAGGCCGUAUCGAGAAGCUGUUCCUGAGCCAGCGCCGGUGGGAACGCCGAAUUGUGGCUCUUCACUGUUUAGAUGAGAGUGAGAAGAGGCGCUUUGCUGAAAAGCAGCAGUUUGUUCUGCAGUUCUUUUUCGGUUUCCUCAAGAUAAAUCCUCUUUCACCGGCUCCGAUGGUUCCCACAUGUGAGAUUCUGCAGACAACAGCUCCAUUUGCUUGGAUCACGAACAGCCUGACAAGCAUGUCGCCAGCAGCCUUCACAAACUGCCUGGAGCUGAUUGGCCACGAUCCCUAUCUUGCAUCUUACCAACGUAAACAAGUCUUCGGAAAAGUCAAACAAAUGUUCGGCCCAGUCUCGUCCUUCUCCCCGUCCAUCAUCAGUCAGAUGGGCCGACUGACCCUAGAAAUGACACCAGAGGAGAUCGGUAUGCUCCGACCGACUGAAAGGAGCAGCAUCGCUUCUUUGGGCGCCAUCAGUGAGUGGAGCAGCAACCAGCUGGUUGCACUGUUCACAACAACAUUGAACUCCACCAAGCUGAACCCGAGCCAACUUGACUCCAGCAUUCUGGUAGCCAUUGGAUACAUGGUGUGCGGAGCUAAAACAACAGAAAUGAGCUCUUUCAAUGCUGUUGAGUUCAGCAAGGCGGUGCUCUGGCUGGGUCAGCUCAAGCUCUCCUGCUCAGAAGAACAGUUGUCAGCGCUGGCGGGCCUGCUGACCCACAGUUUGGCUUUUGGACCCAUCAGUUCAUGGGGGAUGGAAGUCUUCAUUGAGAUAGGAAGUCUGGCAGCUGGUCUCCCAGAUAUAGCCAUGUCAGCCUUGGUAAAAGAGCAAAUAGAAGGAAUAACACCGAUGGCUAUCUCAAUGAUCCCCCCUGACAAGUUCGCUGUUGUGUUCCAUCAGCGGCAGAUCAGCAUGUUUUCUCAUGAGCAGGCUGCUGCAGUAACAGAGCAGCAAAUCACAGCUCUGUCAGAUGUUCAGAGGACUGCUCUCUUUAUGGUGCUCACACCCUGGGAGGACAGGCAUGUGGAUUUUAGAGGGAGGUCACAGGGACUGACGGUGAGCCCCAACUCUCUGUACCUGAUCCUCGGCUUGCUGAUGGCGCUGACGGACAGGCCAGCCUGAGCUGACAUAUCCUGCUUUAUGACACGACUAUCCCAUGUCAGGAUCAGGAGGCACCGACUCGCCCACACAACCAAAGAUAUUUAUCUGUGCAAUACUGUACUGCUUUGAAACAAUCACAUCAGCAUAUUUAA